AUGGUUGAACCAGCCAUCCCUUCCCUUUUGGACACAGACUUGUAUAAGCUCUCGAUGCAAGCGGCAGUGUUCCAACACUUCAAGGAUGUGCCAGUGAAAUACAAAUACACCAACAGAACGCCACAGAUGGUGUUGAACAAAGAAGCCAUUGACUGGUUAAAAGCUCAGAUCGGUCUUUUAGGUGACUUGAGAUUUACCGAGGAUGAAUUGAGGUAUAUGAGGGAGAGCAUCUCGGUGCUUCCAAGCGACUACAUUGCUGCCUUGAAAGAUUUCAAGUUGAACCCUUCAGAGCAAGUAAUUUACGCCAAUGACGAGGGUAACUUUGAGAAUUUUGAGUUGACGGUAUCAGGUUCAUGGUUUGAAACCAUUUUGUACGAGAUCCCCAUCUUGGCGCUUGUGUCUGAGGCUUACUUCAAAUUCGUUGAUACGGAUUGGGACUACGAGGGCCAGGAGGCACUUGCGGCUGAUAAAGGAGAAGCCUUGCUUAACGCUGAAUGUGUGUUUAGUGAGUUUGGUACUAGAAGAAGAAGAUCGUUCAAGACCCAGGAUCUCGUUGUCGAUAGCCUUGUCAAGAUCGCCAAGCUCCUGCCCAAUGGCCGUUUCUUUUCUGGUACAUCCAAUGUCUAUUUGGCCAAAAAAUAUAAGGUUCCUCCAAUUGGAACAGUGGCCCACGAGUGGUUCAUGGGAGUCGCUUCAAUCACUCAAGACUACCUUAAUGCCAACCAGGUCGCCAUGGACUACUGGGUCAAGACUUUCCCCAAUUCAGCUGGCCUUGCUCUUACAGACACUUUCGGCACUGACUCCUACUUGCGGGUUUUUGAAAAGCCUUACACCGACCUUUACGCUGGCGUAAGACAGGACUCUGGAGACCCUGGAUUGUACGCUGAGAAGAUAGCCAACCAUUUCGAAAAAUUGGGAUACCCCAAGAAUUCCAAAACGAUCUGUUUUUCCGACUCCUUGAAUAUUGACAAAUGCAAGAGCUACAAGGCCAAGGGCGAGUCGGUCGGACUCAAGGUGAUUUUCGGCAUCGGCACAUUCUUCACGAACGACUUCAAAAACAAGACGACAAAAGAGAAAUCCCAACCGCUUAAUAUUGUGAUCAAACUUCUAGAGGCCAAUAACCAGCCUUCGAUCAAGAUCAGUGACAACAUCGGCAAAAACAUGGGAGAUCCUGAGGUGGUAAGCAGAGUCAAGCAAGAGCUAGGCUACACUGAGAAUGAGUGGGCAGAGGGAGACGAGGCUCAUAGAUGGUGA